CUACCCCCCCUUCUCCUCCUCCCUCUUCCGCCUGGGCGUCUCGUCGACGCCUCCCUCGUGGGUCCCAUCCACUUGUCCCCGCUUCCCGUGCGAUUUACGAAAUUGCCCCCCGGCCCCACCGUCUCGGGUGGUUCCCACACACCCACGACUUCCUCUCUCCCGAUUUGUUUAUUAUUAUUAUUAUUUAUUCCCCGAUCGGUAUCGGCGAUUCCGUCUCGUCUCGCUGCUGCUUUUGCUUUUGCUUUGCUGGCGCGUGGCGGGGGGAGGCGCGCAUCGGGGGGCCGUCGAGAUGUCGAUCUGCGGCAGGGUGGAGCCGCCACGUGGCGGGGGGACGCUCGGCAAGCGGAAGGAGCGCGAGCCGCCGUCGCUGCUCGCGGCGGUGGCUGCCGGCGCUAAGCCCCAGCCGCCCAGGGCGGCUCACCCCGCUCGGUUCGUAAAGCCGGCGAUGCCGCCGCCGCCAUUUCCCAAGGGUGGCGCCGGGAGCAGCUCCAAGCUCCUGGCGGGGUACCUGGCGCACGAGUUCCUCAGGUCCGGCACGCUCCUCGGUGAGCGACCGGAGUCCAGCGGCAGCAAGUGCCCCGUCGCCGCCGCGGGGACCGCGCCGCCCGCGCCCGAUCCCCGGGCGCGGUACGCCGAGGCGUCGUUGCUGCUGAUGGCCGGCGGGGCCCGCGUCCCCGGCGUCGUCAACCCGACGCAGCUCGGCCAGUGGCUCCGGAUAAAGGAGUAGAACCGCCGGCCAUGGGUCGCCGUCGCGGCAUUUGGCCGGUGGGUCGCCUCUGUGCCCGCGUGCACGCCUUCCCGAGGCGAUCGUCGCGAAGAAGAAGGGAUGCUUCGGACAUGGCACUACAUGGCAAGUGGUUACUUCCCCUUCGUCUUUUUUUUCCCUUCCAAAAUUUUUCAUGUUAAGAUGGAUAAGAUGAAUCCUGUAGGUUUGAAUUUGAAACUGGAGGCGCUAGCUUAGCUUCGGAUGCGUUACUCUCUCAACCCUGUAUCUCAAAAGUGUAGCAAAUGAUCGUCGUCGAAUGACCCAUCAAACACGCACGAUUUGUUGUGCUUAACGGAUACACAUAUAUGUACAGAAUUGAACGAGAUGUUAAUUAGUCCCGUUAAUGCCAAACCUGCCAUGUUUGCUACGUGUUGUGAUUGUGACAUCGCGUGAAGCUUUUCUCUGUUUCAUGAGUUCGAUUUCAUCAGUAUACUACUUGUUCUACUGUUCCAGUGCUAUUGUUUCAGUCCAAGUGAUUAGAUUUGAAUGAAUCGAAGAAUCUAAAUCUGUGGCUGCCGUCCAUCGAUCUGGUUCAUAAGUACUGUAUGUCUGUAUUUGCAAAAGGUAACAAUGAUUCGUCUUGGAAUAUUUUUUGCCGUUUUGUUGCGCACGGUUGAUAAGCGGCGAAUUAUUGAUGUGUUUAUUAUUUGGUUAGGAGUUAGACGACGCCAUUAUGCAUUUUAUUUGAGGGAAAACUAAG